UCUGCCGAUGUACACGGUAACAGAGCAACGGAGCCAGCGAACAACAAGGGUGCAGGCAAAGGGGAGCAAGAGGCUGCCCAGAGAGUAGACAAUCCAGGGCUUGAAGAGUCUGGAUUUGAGGUUUAUUUUUUCUCCCGACAAAGACACACACUGUCUAAACUGUGUGGCUGGUUGUUAUUAAGAAGCUGCUGGACGAGGGGAAAAUGUAUUUAAUAAAAGGCCCAGUGUUUGUGGUCUUCUUGGGCUCACUGCUGAGCUCAGGAAAUCUUGAGGUGUGACCAGUUUUCAGCCUUCAAAACCAAGACGAACUGCCCUUGAGAAGGGUGGUCAGAGGGAAAACAUGUUCACCCUCUCUCUCCUAAGCCGGGGACACGGGAAGUUGGUCCAGAACAAACAGAAGUUAGAAGUCUAUUUUGAACCAGAGGAUUACUUGAACUGGAAGUCCCCAGAAGAUUAUAUCCUGGCCAGCAAACUGCAGGAUGAGGACAAUGCUGACCAGCACAUGUGGAGUCUCUUUCUUCCUAAAACAUUCAGCACUAGAAAGGGUGCCCUGAUCCUCUACUCAGAAGGUUUAGCCAUAUCAGCAUGGACCCCUGAAGACAGAAGAAAAGGCCCCUACUGCCCAAAAGGCCACAGGAAGAGGCUGGAUCUUGAACUGCACACACUUCAGGACCUCAAAGAAGCCAUCCUGGCAUAUGGAAGGAGACAGAGAGAACAGGGAAGAGCCUGGCAGCCGUACCUCCACUUCCGAAGCCAACCAGAGAGCCAGGGCCUACGGCAGAUCCAGCCUGGGUAUUCAGCCAACAGAUACCUCCGUGGCCUCCUGCGGACAUGGCCUCCUGACACCAUGUACCGGCUCCAAUGUGCAGGCUACAUCAAGGAUUCUGUGCUGCUCCAGGACAGUCAACUUAAUGCACCAAAGAAUCUCAGGCCACUACAGGAUCUUUCAGGUGUACCCCCAAAAUACCACUUCCUGCCUGUCUUUCCUCCAUUUUGGAUUCAACAAAGAAAAUCUUUUGAACAAGGUCAGCAGGGCCUGGAUGAAGGGGAAGCUGGGGCUGCUGGACACGUGGACCAGGGCUCUAUAGCCAAGGAUCAUGGCAAUCAGGGGACUCGCUUGCAGCCACUCAGGAAGCAGCCUUGGCAGGAAGAUGAAAUCCAGGCAGAGGCCACGUCAACAGAGAAUCACCGCCAUAUAGACGCUUCAAAGGCAAGCCACGAUGAAAAAACCCAGCAACCCCCCAGGAGGGACCUUGGGCAUGCCCGCAUCCAUCCUUCUUGGCUCCUGAGUGACAAAUCCCACAUUACAUUCUAUGGAGGCACCUUCCUCAGUAAGAAGGCAGGUCUCAGCGACAAACAAGAGAAUAUGAAACUCCACCAGGGCAGAAGCAGCCAUUUGUCCCAGGAGCCUCCUGCUGAAAGAUGUCUCUUCCCUCCUGUAGCAUCUGCUACUAACUCAGAAAAAAACACACCUGGGGAAGUGAAGAAGAAAAAGGCACCAAAAGCUGUGCAAUUACCUCCUAUCUCAGAAGAACCACCCAGAGCCCUGGACCCCCCGAGGAGUCACCUUAAAGCCAAGGAGCCCCCAGAAGAGCUCUUCAUCUUCCCUGUGGAGAUUCAUUUCCACACCCAACACCCCUCAAAAGGAAAAGCACGAAGAAGAGGUGCUCCACACCCUGAGUCAGCACCUGAAACAGAUGAAGAGUCCAGGCCUUUGUUACGGAGGCCUCCCCUGAAGCAUGCGUCCCUAAAAUGGCCAAGGCAAUUAACAGUGCAUCUCCCAGUGGACACAGGCAGGGACACACUCUCGCCUCAAGAGAAUAAUGCCUCAGGCCAGAAUGGGACCACACCACUGUCCCUGAUUAAAGGAAGAAAAAGUCCAGAGAGCCACAGGGGUCUGGACAGCCCCAGGACAUCAGGCCGCAGCAGCCCCAUGGGCCCCUCCAAUGUGAGAUGGGCUGGGGGGACAUUCUCAGCAGAAGGACAAGAAAAUUCCAGAGACCCCACGCUGGGACACCUCUUGCUGGGUCCAGAUGGGGAAAACAUCUGCCUGUGCCUCCCAGGGCUGACCCAAACCGAGGAGCUUCUGCCGGCUGAAGCCUAUGAAUCUACCAAUUCAAAUACCAGCCAUGGAAAGGAGUCGUCUAGUAUUCAACAUCUUCUAAAAGAAAACAAUGAAUCCAGAACUGAUCUUCACAUGAAUCUUAAUGAAACCUCACCUUUGACCCAAAAGCCAGAGAAGCAGGGAGCCCAGCAGUCCUCGGAGGCAGCAGCUCAGAAGACAGGAGAGCCUCAAAGUUGUAUAAAUAAAGGGCUGAUAUGUUCAAACAGAAAAGAAUUUUACACGCGAAAGCUGCACAUCGACAUGACGCCGUUCCUGAAGGAAAGUGGAGAUGAACUGGACUAUCAUGAAGAAGCAGGAGGACCCCUAACAGAAAAUCAUCUGGAUGCUCAAGACCCAGAGCCAGGGAGCAUGACCCUUGACCCUCUUAGUGCUUCACUGGCUGACCACAUCCAGAUCCCCGAGGCAAAUACUGUCCAAAAGGCAGGCAGAGAUUAUAAUGUGCACCAUCUGCACAGAGGACCCCCAAGACAUGGGCCUUACUCCCCAGAGACGUUGGGUCCUAUAGACACAGCUCUUCUUCCAAAAGGAAAAGAAGAGAAGACUGAACCAAGACUGUUCAAACAGCAGACACCAGCCAGCAUCAGUCAUGAGAUGGAACUGAUUGACAAAGCCAAGAGAAAGAAAAGAACCAAGACAGAUAAGUCCAAGGAGCCCAAGGGUGAGAGAGAAGGAAAGAUCCAUAGGGAAGCAGAGGCCGCUGUCGGAAAGCCAAAGGAAUCAAAGGCUGAAAAGAAAUCAAAGAAUUCCCAAGGGGAAAAAACAGGAGCCAAAAGGAAAAGGAUACGAAAGGAAAGGAAUCUGGAAAUGGCAGCAGAGCUGAGUGGGCCUGAUGUCAUUAACUCUGCGGAAACUAAAGACACCUCAGAUGGAGGUUUCUUCUCUUCCGUGAUAGAGGAUCCCUGGCUUUCUUCCAAAUUUGAUGCUCCUGAGAGUCAAGUUUCUAUAGAUGCAAGGUUAUCACCUACCCAGACUGCAGCUGUCACUGGAAACAUGGAAUCUGAAGAAGAGAGAAGCCAUGAGGACCCUUCCAAGGCCCUCCUCGCUAAGAGGGAGCAAGAGAGAGCUUCCCGGGACAGGCUGCGAGCAGAGCAGGCCCACAUGAGACGGCUGGAGGUGGAGAGGAAGAGAAGGGAGCAGGAGGAGCAGAGGCGGCUCCAGCAGGAGCAGCUGGAGAGGGCAGAGAAGAUGAAGGAGGAGCUGGAGCUGGAGCAGCGAAUCCGCGCGGAAGAGAUCCGGUGGGUGGGGCCGCCACCGAGGCCACAGCCCUGUGAAAAGGAACAUCUGUAUAGCUUCAGGGCAGGCUUUCAGGUGCUGAUAUGUGAGGCAGAGAAGCAAAGGCAGAAGGAAUUGGAAAUGCAGUUAGCAGAAGAACAAAGGCGCCUGAUGGAAAUGGCUGAAGAAGAACGGCUGGAGUACCAGCGGCAGAAACAGGAAGCAGAGGAGAAGGCUCGGCUGGAAGCGGAGGAGAGACAGCAAAAGGAAGAGGAAGCAGCAAGACUGGCUCUGGAGGAAGCCAUGAAACAAGCCCAGGAACAAGCCAGGCGAAAAGAUGCUUUGAAGAAACAUCUUCACUUCCAUCAAGAACUCCAUAAGGAAGCCAAUAGCCUGCAGUGGACGCAGAACAUUUCCAGACCAUGGGUCUACUCUUACUUCCAGUUCCUACAAAUGCCCAGACCUUAAGACUAGAAGAAAACUAAAAAGUAAGUUGGGAGGUGGUGACAGAAAAAGAGAAACUUCCUUCUAUAAUGAGGUUUCAUACUGAGCCCAGUUAGUCCCAUUUCAUCUGGCUCACCUCACACCACACCUAAGUUCACUCUGGGAUCUCCAUCCCCACCACACACACUUUACUCAACCCAAUUAACCUCUUCACUCACCUAAAUCAUUUAUGUUCUCUAGAACCACAUAAAUCCAGAAGCUUUGGUGCCUAAAGUUGGCCAAUAAUUUCAGUAAAUUUCAGUUUAAUUUAGCUAGACAUUAACAUAGUGUUAGGGUAAUAAAAGUAUUUCAUUUCAGUCAAUGUGUCUGAAAAAGUUGCAUGUAAAUGGAAAUUCUGUAAUGGAAUAAUUCUGAAUUAGCUAAGAGCUAAUUCAUAUAUUCACAUAUUAAGAAUUUUGCUGUAAUCUAUAAGGCAAAACCAUCCAUUUCACCCUAAGAAUCUAAAAUUUAAUGUCUAUUUAAAGUAAGGUGAUCACUUGAUAAAUGUUCAUUUGAGCAAAAUGAGCUGUUCUGUAAGGGCUUUCUCAUAUCCUAUAAGUAUAUAUUAAGAGCUGCACUGUCCAAUGAAGAGCCAUGUAAAGCUAUUUAAAUGUAAGUUUUAAAAUAUUCAGUUCUCCAGUCACACUACCCACCUUUCAAGUGCUUUCAAUAACCAGAUGUGGCUAAGCUACCAUAUUGGACAGCACAGGUAUAGAACUUUUUUUUUAUCACCAUAGCAAGUUCUGUUGGACAGCACUGUAUUCUAGAGUCCUGAAAAUUAACCAAUCUUGAGGUUUUGCUCCUAACUGUGCCUUAAAGAACCAACCACUCAUAAUUUCUCCAUUUUAAAAAUCACACUAUCAGGGAAGUCUUGAGUAGAUAAUUUGUCUUUAAUAUCUCUUUAACAUCAGUAAGUAUCUGAUAAAUAUCUAUCAUAGAAUGAUCAUUAAAGGGGGUGAAAGGGCUUUAGCAAACAAGAUAUAUAAAAAGAUAUUAAAACAAGCAGUAUCUGAAUUUUCCCACAAAUUUCCUUUGGCCCUACUCUGUACUUCACUGUCCACAGCUUAAAAGUCUAGUAUUUGCAGAUGAUUCCCUCAAAUUU